AUGGACGAAUUGAACGUCGAGCUUCUGGUCCUCUGGUUUCUCACUGGAGGAGCUGCCGCCAUCAUGCUCUUGCGACUUAUACUGAAACAAUAUCGACGGCAACCAGUUUCUCUCGGUGACUACUUUACGAUUGGAGCCAUUGUGUCUAUCUUGCUGCGAGGAGCUGUCAUUCACGUUGCCAUGGUUUGGGGGACCAACAGCUUUACCCCGGCUGAUCGACAGACAACAACGUUCACUCCUGCAGUCAUCUAUCAACACGAGGUUGGAGCCAAAUUAACGAUUGUCAAUCGGGCUUUCUACGCAGUAUACACUUGGCUUCAGAAAUGUGUGAUAAUGUGCGUUCUGCAACACCUGCUGAACGGCAUUCUGUUCGAGCGAGUCCUUAAAUUCUACUGGGCAACUUUGGGAGUAACAUUUUUGGUCGUCUUCAUCGUCACAUUCACGGAAUGCCACCCCUUUAAGCUCUACUAUCAAGUGGUGCCUGACCCAGGAACCUGUGCGAAAGGCAUUAUCCAACUCGAAGUAUUUUCGGCUUUCAACAUAGCCACCGAUCUCAUGCUCAUUGUACUCCCGCUUCCUCAGCUCAUCAGGAUGAAGCGCCCUUUGAUGGAUCGCCUCCGCCUCGUGGGGCUCUUUCUCGUUGGCUUGACAAUUGUUGCAGUGACUUUUACACGACUACUCUUGAACGUUGUUCUCUUUCACAGAUCAGGCCAAUCGCACAAUGUUGCUAACGUCGAGAUCAUCUGCGCUGCAUUCGUCGCCAAUGCGCCCACGAUCUAUGGACUCUUGAAAAUGAAGGGACGAAAAAGAGGGAGGGCCGGAGCGCAAUACUUGCCGGAUUCUUACAUUGUAUCGAAGUCUGCGAGAGGGCUUGGAGGCAAUCUUUCGAGGAGCCAUGAUCUGGGCUCGGAUGGGUUCCAGUCUGGAGAUCCUGUGCAAAGUAGUGUGUGGGUUGGGAAGAGUCGGUAUGGGAAUGAGAGUGAUGAAGAGAGGAUGAUCGAGCUGGAGGACGCCAGGCCGCCAAAUAUUCAUGUCACGACAACUGUAUCUGUCACAUAG